AAAUUUAUUUUUCUUGAAAGAUAUUUUCAAACAAAAAGUUUUUGAACAAAUUAUAUUGAAUCUUGUAGAAAAAAAUAAUAUAGUCAUCCUCUUUCUCCAUCCUAUCCCCUGUAUCUCUAAAACCAGACUAAAAUUCUUUGCCAUUUUUCUUAAAAAAUGGAAUACCCCUCAUCAGAAUAGUAACGCGACACGUAACCAGCCGCAGAGCGCAAGCCUGGGCCGCCGGUGCACGCAGACUCUCUCUCUCUCUCUCUCUGUGCUCCGUCUUCUUCUUCUUCUUCUUCGUAGCAAGCCUUGAUCGUUUCUGUAUCGGCAUAAAACCUCGACACUCUAGUGAGUUUCAGUGGCUGCGAGUUGCCUUCGAAGACAUGCAAGUCGCCUCUACCGUCCGCAGAGUCUUUAGGGUUUUGAGACCACCAGUAACUCUCCACUCUAUUCAAUUUCUCUAUCCUGAUGCUCGAGCCACCGAACCUCCUCACAACUCCCCUCGGCAAUGGUGGAAUUACAGUACCUUCUCUUCUCAAACUCACCUGUUUGCAGUGAAUAAUUGGCAGCACAGGGGGCAAUGUUCUAUGUAUGUGAUGACUCCCAGAGCAACCUUUGUGACUUCUGUUGAAGAGAGUCCCACAGAGGCUGUGAAGGAGCUGUAUGAUAAAAUGCUCCAAUCUGUGAAUGCUCGAACCAUGCCUCCAAAUGCUUGGCUAUGGUCACUCAUUGAAAAAUGUGCCAACAAUGAAGACAUUAAACUUCUGUUUGACAUUUUGCACAAUCUUCGAAGAUUUAGACUGUCAAAUCUACGCAUUCAUGCAAAUUUCAAUUUUAAUCUUUGUCGAGAAGUUACAAAGGCAUGCGCACGCAUAGGGGCCCUAGACUUUGGGAAGAAGGCAUUGUGGAAGCAUAAUGUGUAUGGAUUGACUCCUAGUAUUGGAUCUGCCCACCAUUUGCUGUUGUACGCUAAGAAGCACAAUGAUGCCAAACUUAUGGUAGAAAUAAUGAAACUUCUGAAAAGGAAUGAUCUUCCACUGCAAGCUGGUACAGCAGAUAUUGUUUUCAGCAUAUGUUACCAUACAGAUAACUGGCAGUUGAUCUCUAAGUAUUCGAAGAAGUUUGUCAAGGCAGGAGUAAAACUGCGGCAAACUACGUUUGACACAUGGAUGGAGUUCGCUGCCAAAAUAGGUGAUAUUGAGACUUUGUGGAAAAUAGAGAAAUUGAGAUCAGACUCAAUGAAGCAGCACUCUAUUGCAACUGGGAUUUCAUGUGCUAAGGGAUUUCUACUGGAACAUAAGCCUGGGAAUGCUGCUGCCAUGAUUGAAGCCCUCAAUCAGAAUUUAACUGAUGCAAAGAGGCCCGGUCUCAUGGUUGAACUUCAAAAUCUGGUGAGCGAAUGGCCUUUGGAAGUAAUAAAACGCCAAAAGGAGGAGAACAGAAAGGCACUAGCUGCUGCUCUGCAAACUGAUAUACCUGCCAUGGUUAGUUGUUUACUGAGCACGGGUUUAGAGGUGAGCGCGAGUAUGGAAGAUCUAACCAAGGAAGGCGGAGUUCUAUGUUAAAAGUGCCAACUACCAAGCUGGUGAAUGUUCAAUGCAUGCUUAAAAAGUCUGAUGUUGCAAUCUUUAGCAAAGAAACGAUGUGAGACUUUGGUAUUUCAGCUAGUUAUCGCAGAUAUAUAUCGAGCACUUUGGUAACUUUAUCCCAUCCUGCAGGAGAUUUGAACUCAGAGCUUGGAUAAUUUUGUCAUCAACACAACAAUUUUGUUCAAUACUCUUUUUUUUUUUAUGUAUUUCGUUUGAUUCAGUUGAUUAAGCUUUGUUUCAAUCAUUUUCUACCCAUGCUGAUUGCGUGCGUGUGUUCAUUGUUAGACAGAGGGAAGACGAUAAUAAAGUGAGGAUUUUUUUUUGGGUGAUUUAGUAUAUGCAACCAUGUAAGGCAGUAAGAACUCAUGGAGCGAAUCAAUUGCCAUUUGAGUAAUUGUAUCAUUGCGGAAGUGUUAAUGGUGCCUUAUCUGAGACAUUUUAAUCUCUAGCCGUUGUAAAUUUAUUGGCAUUUCAAAAUAAUGAAUUGUGAUGAUAGUAAAUUUCAAUUA